AUGUCCAACCAGUACAAAGUAAAUAAUAGCUUGGAUAUAAAAAGUAUCUAUCAGAACGAAAUCGAUGAAUUUAGGAAGCAUAUGGAACCACUUUUAAAAAAAUAUCCAUGCUAUGAUACAGAUUACGGUUUAUUACGUUGGCUUAGAGGAUCUAAAUUUGAUAAAGAAGUGGCCGCAGAGAAAAUGAAAUGGUCUUUAAAUACAAUAAAUGCAGUUGGAACAUUUGAUAAAGAUUUUAGUUCAGUUGAGAAAAUCGAAACAAUUUUAAAAGCGGCAUCACCUUCUGCUGAGUAUUUUCCGGGUGGUAUUAUCGGAUAUGAUAAAAAUGGAUAUGUGCUAAUUUUACAUAAUAUUGGUAAAGCACAUCCACGUAGUCUAAUCGGUGCUGAACGGGUAUCCCAAUUUUAUAUCAAUUCCAUAUAUGGUUACGAAGCAACACAAUGCCUAAUAAGAUCCGAGGAAGCGAAACGCGGAUGUAAAUUGGGCGCUGUAGUAAUCAUUGAUUUGAGUGGAUUCUCAUACGAUAUCGUCUUCCACUUGCCAGCCACAAAGAUAUAUAUCUCAGCAAUUAUAAUGUUGCAAGAUAUGUUUCCGGAUGUAGCAGUAAGGUUAUAUGUUGUCAAUACUCCCAUAGCUGUGCAAUUUCUCCUACGAAUGGUUUUAAUGAAUGUUGCUAAAGAAACGGUCAAUCUGUUAGAAUUUUUGGGUAAUGAUUGGAAAGAUAUUUUGGUAGGAAGACAUGGAGCGAAAUUUUUGCCAAAAAGAUACGGUGGUCUGUUGGGUGAUGAUAUUUUUCGAAAAGGAGGCGAGGUUCCGAAUUCUGUAGCACAAAUGAACAAAAAGUAUGUAGCAGAUGAAAAGCUCAAAAAGAUUACCGUAAGCGCACGGGAUGAAGCAGUAAUAAGCAUCUGUGUGGAAAAACCCAACUCAAGGCUUUUCUGGUAUUUUGUCUGUUCAUCUGGUGAUAUCGAUUUUUGCGUGUUGUUCGAGAAGCAAGAGGUUUGGCCACGUUUCCGGAUUUAUACUGAAUUUACAGCAGAAUACAAUGAAAUUGUUUGCAAAGAAGUUGGUACAUAUCAACUGCUAUUCUCCAAUAAACAUGGACGCGUAUGGAGUAAAUGUAUUCAGUAUUACAUUGACGUUAAACAGCCUCUGGCUUAA